GUUAUUUUGCAUGGGAUUGAAGAUGACAAGAGUUUCAUUUACCAACAUCAUUGUUUAAACGAUUUCGAAAAAUGCUUAAAUUAUAAGAGAGACAUUGUUGCGACAUUAUUACAACAGAUCCGAUUUAUUGCCAACCACUUCCGGAUGGAUGAGGAGGAAGCUCAGAUAUCGGACGAAUGGAUCUUCGUAGCAAUGGUACUUGACCGAUUAUUCCUAAUAAUAUUUUCUAUUCUAAAUGUCGGCACUUUCUUGAUACUGUUAGAAGCGCCAUCACUUUACGAUACCAGAUGGCCGAUGAAUAUUACUUAUACCACAAAACCACUUGGACAAGGAAGUUUCAUUUUGCCGACCACUGAUUAUUUUAACUGA